UCCCACCCGCAGGUGUGGCUGGGUGGAUAGAGAAAUGAAGCCAGGGGGAAACCACAAAUCGCCGGCUUGAACUCCCGCCUUCAAACUCCGAGGCCGUACCGCUCCUCUGCUGCCUGUGACAUCAGAAAGCCCAGCUGUGCGGGAUGCACUAUUUGUUAACCACCGAUUCUAGGAAGGUAAAGAAAAAAUGGUAUCAAGCACCCGGAAGACCAGGACUCCCGUAGGAGGCUGCCAAGAUCCGCACGGUUAGCGGAGGGCAGGUUUUCAGAUCUGUUGGCAACCCUCUAGUGGUGCUCCAGAGUUUUGAAGCGCACGCUCGAUGCGCUCAAGAACAGAAACGGCGCCCCGAUUCGGGGUCUAUCUGGAGGUGAGAUACGUCUCCGAAUAGUCUCCAUCCGGGAGCGCCCCCACCCCCAACGCCUGCGCCGAGCGGUUCCCCGCAAGAGCGCUCGUGCACUCUGCAAAGUUCCCGAUUUCUGGCACGACUUCGGAUUCCGGCCGUCGCCGUCGAAUUCAGCCGAGCGAGCGCCCGUGCCGGCUGCGCAGCGAGGUCCUGCUAGAGCCGAGCUGGUCCCCGGCGCUCGGGCAAAGAAGCUGGGCUGAAGCCGAGCUCGCACUGCCCCCUGUGGAGGCGGAUCUCCUCGGCGAGCGCCCAGCUCUGCGCCCGCCGGAGGGAGCCCCGCAGACUAUGCCAGAGCCCUCGGCGGCGAGAAGUGGCGCUGCCCUCUGCGCGCGGCUCGCUCUCCGGCCCCGGGUGAACUGGGCAGAGGCGCAGCUUCGGCGGCCGAGCGAGCGGCUCGCUCCGUGGGCGGGAGCAGCCCGGGGACGCCGGAGCGCUGGGAGCCGCCGCCACCGCGGCGUGGAGAGGCGGGCAUGCAGGCUGGCGGCACUGGACUUCCUGGGUAGCCCUCCUCAAUAUGGUCUUCGUCUGCAACGGCACCAGCAGCUGCCCCGUCUCGGCUAGCGGCACCCUGGACUCCUUCGCGCCGGAGCCUCCCCGGCCGUUGGGCGGCCCCAGCGGUGCCGGCCUGAUUUCUGGCUCGCUGAAUCCGCCCCGAUUAGGGAUAGGCGGGAAACUUCUGCAAGGGGUUACCGCCGGCCCCGGAGGUGGAGGCGAGGGUGGCGGCGUAGGCGGCGGCGGGACCAGCACCGGCGGUCCCAGCGCGCUCAGCCCGGGCUUCGGCGACGCCGGGACCGACACGCAGUGCGGCGAGCAGAUCCUGAACUACGGCAACGUGGAGAAAGUGGUGAUCGGAGCCGCCCUGACGCUCAUCACGCUGCUGACCAUCGCGGGCAACUGCCUGGUGGUGAUCUCGGUCUGCUUCGUGAAGAAGCUCCGCCAGCCCUCCAAUUAUCUCAUCGUCUCGCUGGCCUUGGCCGACCUGUCGGUGGCCGUGGCCGUCAUGCCCUUUGUCAGCGUGACCGACCUCAUCGGCGGCGAGUGGAUCUUCGGCAGCGUCUUUUGCAACGUCUUCAUCGCCAUGGACGUGAUGUGCUGUACCGCCUCGAUCAUGAGUCUCUGCGUGAUCAGCAUCGACAGACGCACCCACGCAACCUCCGCUGUUCCAGCUGUUCUCUCAGGCAACCAGGCAGCACUCUGCCUCCUUCCCCCUGCAUCCAGCGGGAGGGAGAGGCAGCCAAGGUAUCUUGGCAUAACUAGACCCCUCACCUAUCCUGUAAGACAAAAUGGAAAGUGUAUGGCUAAAAUGAUUCUUUGCGUGUGGCUGCUGUCUGCUUCCAUUAGUUUGCCCCCGCUGUUUGGAUGGGCUCAGAAUAUUAAUGACAACAAAGUCUGUUUAAUCAGCCAAGAUUUUGGCUACACAAUUUAUUCUACUGCUGUUGCGUUUUACAUCCCCAUGUCAGUGAUGCUGUUCAUGUACUAUCAGAUCUACAAAGCUGCCAAGAAAAGUGCAGCCAAACACAAAUUUGCUGGUUUCCCAAGACCCAACGAACGUGAAGGGAUGGUUUCAGCAAACGGCGUAAUGAAACUGCACAAGGAAUCUGAAGAGUGUGCCAAUUUUUCACGUCUGCUUAAGCAUGAACGGAAGAACAUUUCUAUCUUCAAAAGGGAGCAAAAAGCAGCCACUACCCUGGGAAUAAUUGUAGGGGCCUUUACUGUAUGCUGGCUGCCAUUUUUCAUACUUUCUACCGCUAGACCCUUCAUCUGUGGGACCUCUUGCAGUUGCAUCCCUUUGUGGGUUGAAAGGACAUUUCUCUGGUUCGGCUAUGCCAACUCUUUGAUUAACCCAUUUAUAUAUGCCUUCUUCAAUCGGGACCUGAGAACCACCUACCGCAAUCUGCUGCAAUGUAGAUAUAGGAACAUCAACCGUAAACUCUCGGCCGCAGGCAUGCAUGAGGCCCUGAAGCUUGCUGAAAAGCCAGAGUUUAUUCUGAGGAACUCUGAUUAUUCAAGAAGGAAGAGACACGACUUAUGAUUGAAUGCUGAUGGGGCCAUCGUAUAUGGACAAGGAACUGUGAAUCAGUGGAAAUUACUGCAAAUCCAGGCAUUGAAGAAAACCUGUAGGGCGAAUGAAAUGUUCCUUGUCUACUUUGCAAGGGAAUUUUGUAAAGGAAGUUUAUGAACUUGGUAUACAGUAUUAAAUGUAAUCCUGCUAAAUGUAA